AUGUCCGGAAAUAAACGACAAAGAACUGAAGAGGUGGCGUCGGAUUCAGAACACGAUUCACCAACACAUCCAUCAUCAAAACGAGCAAAUUCGAGCAACACGGAUUUGGUUGUUCGAACUCCACUCAAUGACGCCAAACUCACCCAGUUUGUAUUAGAGACUGGGGAAAGUGAGGCACCCAGAUAUUGCCUGGUUCCCUGUCCGUGUAGACAUGCUUCGAGCUGUUUUCGAUUUCAUAUUUCCCUCGAUGGGAAUACUAGAAUUUUAUGUAAUUGUUCAAAGUUGGUACCCCUGCAUUGGUAAGUUUUUUUGGUUAGGGAUAUUUGAAAAAGGCUCUUCAAAAAGAAACUUUAUUCAACAGCUUUGUUCAAGAUUUUUUAUUAAAUUACAUAAAUCAAAUUUUGAUUUUCAGCAAUAGGAAAUUCAAAAAGUUCACCAAAGAACAAUAUUGCAAAAACUGGGAUCGAAUCGACCUCAAACCUUAUCGAUUGGAAUUAUUGCAAAAUGUCAAAAAUCACGAUCCAACGCUUCACACACCGUUGUUUGUUCCCCACGGAAUGAAAUCGAAUGAGGUUGAACGUGAGUUUUUUUGAUGAUAUUUUUAAAUUAAAAAUCUUGCAUUGGCCCAUUAAAAAUAAAAACACCGGAAAAAUGUUGUAUAGCGAAACAAUUGAUAAUAAAAAAAUAUUCUGAAUCUUUAUUUUCGAAAAUUUGCUGGAUAGCUUACCACUAUCUGGGAAUCGUCAACAUGGAUUCUUCAAAAAAUAUCUUUCUGGCCUUGGAUCUCUUCUGAAACUAUUCUGAAACUUUUAAAGUCUGACAACAGGUUGCAAAUAUUGUUUUUUUUUGCAGAACCUUUCUACGGAGAUCAUUCAUUUCAACCAUGCUCAAAUAAUCAUGAAGGUAAAGACGUUCUUCUUAUGCACGUCCGAGGCGGCAACAUCAUUAUCGUCUGCAAAUGUCAAGAUGAAUUGUGUUAUAAAUACAAAAAAAAGUUCGAUGAUAAUUUGUUGAGCUAUCUCAAGCAAACAACUGUUUUCAAGUAUUCCAGUCCAAAAACUAGAGGAUUUACUGCAGUUCCAAAUCUUGGAUUUAUUGUUAUCUGA